AUGCGGAAAUCGCUCCGGCCGCUUCCUUCGGUCCCUCAGAGCUCUCCCAUCGUCGAAAAGCCCGGGCGCACCUCAAACAGUCCAAAGCACACUCGGUCCCAAAGCGUCGAGCCCAUCCAGUAUCCUCCUUAUGACGGCUCUACUUCUCCAACCUCCAAACCUCGCCCCCUCUCUCUGGCAAUUUCCCGCGCGGAUUCGAUACGAGCGCCGACUCGCGACCACUCGUCCCGCAACCAGGUCUCCACGCAUCUCGAGAGGCCCGACCUACAGAGCUUCGGCAAGUCGUCCACCAGCCAUCUUCGAACUCUAUCUAAGUUUGCGCAAUCUGCAUCUGAAGAUGACUUCACUAUUAGGUCCCCGGAGCAGGAAGUCGUCGGGCUACAUGGGCGUAGGAGACUACAGCGAACAGACUCCGCCCGAGGGAAAAAGUCCAGCGCUUCAGGCUGGGCCAGUAGGAAUUGGAUGGACCAGCAACGGCAAUUUCUGCAAGCAUACGAAUAUUUGUGUCAUAUCGGAGAAGCGAAGGAGUGGAUCGAGGAUAUCAUUCACAAGGAUAUUCCUCCCAUCGUGGAGCUAGAGGAAGCACUAAGAGAUGGUGUCACCCUCGCCGAGGUUGUCCAGGCCAUCCAAGGGCGCCCUGUGCGGAUAUUCCGACAUCCCAAACUGCAAUUCCGACACUCUGACAACAUUGCACUUUUCUUCCGCUUUCUCGCAGAAGUUGAACUCCCAGAGCUGUUCCGCUUCGAGCUCGUAGAUCUAUACGAAAAGAAGAACGUCCCGAAAGUUGUCUACUGCAUCCACGCCCUCUCAUGGCUUCUGUUUCGCAAAGGCAUCGUCGACUUCCGCAUAGGCAACCUCGUCGGAAAACUCCAGUUCGAGGACCAUGAACUGGAAGCUAUGCAGAAGGGUCUCGACAAAUCUGGUAUCAGCAUGCCAAAUUUCUCAGGAAUGCAAGCAAACUUCGACGUAGAACCUGAGCCCGAACCGGUAGAGUCCGACGAAGACCGAAUAGAUCGCGAGCUUGCUGAAAACGAACCCAUCAUUCUGGAUCUGCAGGCCCAGAUUCGGGGCGCCAUGUUGAGGAUACGAUUAGGGAACAUGAUGCAAAGGAUGUGGGAAAAUGAGGAUAUAAUUGUUGACCUGCAAUCCCGGAUACGAGGCGAUUGGGCAAGGCAGAUUGCCUACUACCGCCUAGAUAUGAAGCGAUUCGCAGUAAACCUCCAGAGCGCCGCUAGAGGAUUCCUGGUUCGAUCAAGGUUACGAGGUGAAGAAGAGUACUGGAGGGACAAGGAAUGGGAGGUGCUCAAGGUGCAGAACCUUUUCAGAGGCCGGAAAGCUAGGGCACAGGUCCAGUUCACCAAAUCCCGUAUGCAGCGCCAUGAGAAUGGCAUUCGACAAUUCCAGGCUGCCAUUCGAGGAGCACUUGAGCGACUGAGGGUCGGCAAUGAUUAUGAGCAAACGCGCAUGUCAGAAGCCGGCGUGCAACACAUCCAGUCAAUGAUCCGUGGAGCCUUGAUCCGACAGCAGAUCGACCGAGAAUACGCAGAGCUCAGGGGGAGCGAAACCGGAACCGUUCAACUGCAAGCGGCUGUUCGUGCAAGUGUUUUGCGUCGGUCCUUGCGGGCAGAUCAAGAGAGUCUUCGUCAGCAUGAGUCCAUCAUCGCCUUGUUACAGUCAGCUGCUAGAGGAGCAAUCGCGAGACGACAGAAUGCUCAGAUUCAAGAGAAGUUGGUAAGCAGCCAUGUCAGUUGGUCCGACUUCCAUGCCAAAAUCCGAGGCAACUCCUUGAGAAGCUCCCUCAAGCAAUUGCAGGAAGCGCUCCGAGCUGAGCUGCCUCAAAUUGUCGAUCUCCAAGCUAUAGCAAGAGGAGGCCAGCUUCGCUCAGAAGUCGCCGAUACCCUCGAGCAGUUAAAAGAGCAGGAGACUUUCAUUACUUCUUUACAGUCCUAUAUGCGCGGGUUCAUGUCGCGCCAGAGGCACUUCUCUGAUCUAAAGGCUUUGCAGGCACAAACUCCAACUAUCGUGGACCUUCAGUCAGCAUGCCGAGGGUUCGUGCAGCGACAACGAACAUACGAACUGCUCUGCGAGCUCAAUAGUCAUGAGCCGAACAUUAUCGACCUCCAAGGUGUCGCUCGAGGUAUGAUGCUCAGAAUGGAAAUCGGUGCCCUUCUUGCAAAGGUAGAAGAGCAUGAGAGUGCAAUUAUUGAGAUUCAGGCACUUGCACGGGGUUUACUUGUGCGGAGUAAGUUCGUCGAGAAGAAGAAGUACUACAGGGAGAAUAUGGAGAGGGUCAUCAAGAUCCAAAGCUUCAUUCGAGGUCGACAACAGGGAGAAGCGUACAAGAGCUUGACGAGUGGCAAGAACCCUCCCGUUUCAACCAUCAAGAACUUUGUGCACCUUCUCAACGACAGUGAUCUCGACUUUGACGAAGAAAUUGAAUUUGAGCGGCUCCGAAAGACUGUAGUCCAGCACGUUCGUCAAAAUGAACUUGCGGAGCAAUACAUCGACCAACUCGAUAUUAAAAUCGCUUUGCUUGUCAAAAACAAGAUCACGCUGGAUGAGGUUGUCAAACAUCAGAAGCACUUCGGCGGUCACGUUGGAGCCCUGCUCAGCAGCAAGGACAUAUCUUCCAAAGACCCAUUCGAUCUUAAGGCCUUAAACAAGAACUCUCGAAGGAAACUUGAGCACUAUCAAGAGCUUUUUUUUAUCCUUCAAACACAGCCCCAGUAUAUGGCCAGGCUCUUCAAGCGUAUUCGAGAACAGGCUGUGGCUGAGAAGGACACUAAGCGCAUUGAACAACUCACAAUGAGUCUUUUCGGUCUCGCGCAGAAACGAAGAGAGGACUACUAUCUGCUGAAGCUCAUGGCUCGAUCACUAAAGGAAGAAAUAGAUGGUUGUGCAACACUACAAGAGUAUCUUCGGGGUAACUUCUUCUGGGGAAAGCUCUUCGCUAGCUACGUUCGAUCACCCCGGGACCGCAAAUUCUUAAGGGAUGUAUUCGGGCCAGUGAUCAAGGAGAAUAUCAUCGAAAGCGAGGGCCUCGACCUAGAAAGUGACCCGAUGCAAAUAUACCGGUCCGCGAUCAAUAACGAAGAGCUCCGAACAGGCCGAAGGAGUCACCGCGAUCCCAACAUUCCCCGCGAAGAGGCUAUCAAGGAUCCAGAGACUCGGGAGACCUUCAUCCACCAUCUUCAAGACCUACGCGAUAUUGCAGACCAAUUUUUCGCCAUGAUGGAGGAAGUGCUUCACAAGAUGCCAUAUGGCGUUCGCUAUAUUGCGUCGCAGAUGUUCGCAGAGUUGCGACAAAGGUUCCCGUACGAAGCACAGGAGCAGCUACUUCAAAUUGCUGGUCAUUGGGUCUGGAAAUCAUAUCUCCAACCAGCUCUAAUACAACCUCAGCAUUGGGGUGUAGUAGACCGAGGCCUCUCUCCGCUCAUGAAUCGCAAUCUCGGAGAAGUCGCAAAGGUCCUAGGUCAAGUUGCUGCAGGCAGACUGUUCGGUGGAGAGAACGUCUACCUUCAACCCCUCAACAGUUACAUCACAGAAGCCAUUGACCGAUUGCAAGAUAUCUGGUCCAACUUAAUCAGUGUCCGUGAUGCGGAGACGCAAUUCGAUAUUGACGAAUUCAACGACCUGUAUGCGCGUACAAAACCGACACUUUAUAUCAAACUCGCCGACAUCUUCGCCAUCCACAAUCUUGUCGUCGACGACCUUCCGACUCUAUGUCCCUCCCAAGACGACCCUCUUCGAGAAGUGAUUCGUGAACUUGGCAGCGCAAAGAACAAUGAGAACGAACUACUACAUGUAAGCUCAACUGAAAUUACAUUGACGCUCAACCCCAAGUUUCACGACAAAGAAGACCCCGAUGCUGCCGUCAAGGCUCUUUUUAUGGAGACUAAGCGAUACGUCUUGUACAUCAUCCGCGUUCAGACCGGCACCAACCUCAUGGAAAUCAUGAUCCGACCUAUUACACCCGAAGAUGAGGAUCGUUGGGAUGCUCUUGUCCGCGAAGAACUCGCCAGUCACAAUCGCGAUCGUUCAAAGAGACUCCGCUCCUCAGCCGCCUCAACCUACACAACCGACAUGACUUCCACCACCCUCCUCGACAUGGACUACCCAAGCCUCAAACGUGAAGCGCUCCAAAACAUCCUCCAACUUGAACGGGCCGGCCGCAUCUCGCGGCACAACCAAUACCAAGAGCUUCUCAACGUCAUCGCUAUCGACAUCCGCACAAAACACCGCCGCCGCAUCCAACGCGCCAAAGAACUCGAAGGUGUACGCGCUACGCUCUCCGCCCUCGAUGAAAAAGCCCACUACCUCGACCAACAGCUCAAAUCCUACAACGACUACAUCGAACAAGCGAUGAUCACGCUCCAAAACAAGCGCGGAAAACGCCGUUUCCUCCUCCCAUUCACCCGCCAAUACAACCACAUGCGCGAACUCCAACGAGCCGGCCGCGACUAUCGCUUCGGCUCGUUCAAAUACUCCGCGCGGAAUCUUGCUGAAAAAGGGAUCCUAGUGUCCUGGCAAGGAUAUCCGGAACGGCAAUGGGACCGCAUUGACGUGACACUAUCGUCUAAUACUGUCGGGGUGUUUGAGAUCCAGGGGUCUCAGGGUAGUAUGAUGAUCCCAGGAGCGUUUGCAGAGGUCCCAUUGGACGGAUUGCUGCAAGCGCAGUUUGAUAAUCACCAGUUUAUGAAUUUGUUUGGGGAGGGGAAGGACGGAAGCGGCAGUGGGGCCGUCAGGUUGAAUGUUAAUUUGUUUUUGCAUUUGAUUUUUAAGAAGUUUUACCGGGAUGAGUAGGCUGGGUCCUCUGAUGGAGCUGCUUGGAAGGAGAGGGGAGAAUGGAUUUGGAUUUGGGGAUUUGCAGUUUGGGGUUGGUUUGGAGGAGGGGUACAUCAGAGUAGCGAAGGAGCAAUGUUGUGCUUUUGGACUGACCUGGGCUGUUUCUGGAUCUGGGCUUGUUUGCAUAGUUGGUGUGGAGUCGUUGGUGUUGAAGCUCUUUCAGGCUGGCUGAGGGUUUGAAUAUGUCUUUUUUGUUUGAUCGAUGUUACUUUCUCUCCUUCCUCUUCUCUACUUAUCCCUUCCCUUCCCUUCCCCUACCUAUUCUUCUGUUCAGAUAUUCGUUCAUGAUUUCGACGAUUGUAGGAGUGGCACGCACGUAUGUUGAUAGAGAAGGGUAUCUACACAGAUAGCAUGAUUAUGGUUGGGGAUUAUGAUAACACUCACGUAAUGGAUGCUAGGCGAUGGGGUGGGAGAG